AUGUCAGAAGACAAAGAAGUCAAGCCAGUUCACGGCAUGUUCGUGGUUCCAGCUCCGCCAGCGUUUGACUUCGACCGAACGUCCGAAUGGCCUCCCUGGAUCCAACUAUUCGACGACUACCGCUUUGCCUCUGGCUUAAAUGAGCGAAGUGAAGAAGCGCAAGUCCGGACUCUACUCUACACAAUGGGCAGGCAAGCGAAAGAGAUCUUUUCGACCUUCACACUAUCUGAACAACAGCAGAAGCAGUAUGAAGUCGUCAGAAAAAAGUUCGACAAUCACUUCGUGGCCGCACAGAACCUCGUUUACGAGAGCCCAUGUUUUCACCGACGCAUACAACAACCAGGCGAGUCAGUCGACCAAUUCAUCACCGCGUUGCACACACUGGCGGACCGGUGCGACUACAAGGAAAAGGAACGCAUGAUCCGCGACCGGUUUGUAGUCGGCCUCAGUGAUGCCAAGCUCUCGGAGUCUCUGCAAAUGGAUGCAAAUCUUACACUCGCCAGUGCUUUGGCAAAAGCUCGCUUGAAGGAGACCGUCCAACGACAGCAGCAACAGCUGCGAGAAACCAGCGACGAACCUUCGGCAGCGCCAGCCAGCAACCUUGACGCGGUCAAUAAACAACGGCAGCCCCGAAAGAAUUCUUCAGGACAGCGUUCCGGCACCUCGUCAAGGACCAGUGCACCGGUCACACAAGGUCAACGCACCACACCACAGUCCUACCGACCUCUCACAUCCAGUUCAUGCCCCGACUGCGGUCAAGGAGAGCACCCGAGGACCUCCUGCCCGGCACGAGCUGCGAAAUGCAACUACUGCGGUUGUUCCGGACAUUUUGCAGUGGUGUGUCGGAAGAAGGCUGCAGGCGAGCGAAAGAAGCCGCUCAACAAAACGUGGAAAGUGUGA